AUGCAUCUCCAGCACAUGCACGUGCAUCGGAGAGCCGAUGCGCUAUUUGGGUUUGGUAACAUCGCACAUGAGAUUGAUGCUUCCGAUUCUGAGAAGCGCCAUGUCGAGAAGAGAGAACCACAAGCAGUAAAGACCGUUUUUAAAACGGUUGAGGCAACAUUUGAGGGAGCAAUUGGUGGCUACAAGACAGUAGGCCACGAGCCUAAAGAAACAGGCUCAUCAAAGGAAUCCAACGACGACGACGAAGACGAGGAGGACGACAAGAAGAAGCAAGAAGCUGAAGAGAAGCAGAAGGAAGCCGAAGAAGCCAGGGAGAAGGCAGAAGCGGCCAAGAAGAAGGCUCAAGAAGAGUCCGACAGGGAGGAGGAAGAAGAAGCAGAGGAAGCAGCGGAGAAGAAGAAGGCCGCUGAGGAAGAGGCAAAGAAAGAAAAGGAGGAGGAAGAGAAAGAGAAGAAAGCUGCCGAGGAAGAGGCUGCCAAGAAGAAGGCUGCUGAAGAAGCAAAGUCUCGCAGCAAAGCCGAAGAAGACAAAGAUAACGCUACUACAACAGAGGACAAGGAGAGUUCGACAGCCAAGCCCACGAGAACUCGCCCUCAAAUCACCAGUAGCGACGACCCGACUAGCGUUCCCUCUGUUAUCCGAGAUCCAGUUGACAGCCAGUCUAUCGACUCCAUUCUGGCCAAGGCCACUGGCGCAGCAUCUGCCUCGACAACCAUCGAUGGAAUUGCCGACAUGUCUGGGGCCUCAAGCCUUCCCAGCUCCAGCUCGAGUGCUGUUCCGGAAGACAGUGGUUCCACGAGCGCUGGAGCUAAGGCUGGAAUCGCAUUUGGUGUUUUGGGUGGGCUGCUCGCCAUGGGACUCCUGGUCUACUUUAUCUUCGCCAAGCGCCGUAAGCAGGCUGAGAUGGAAAGGCUUGAGAACGACGACGAGAAGCUCCAUGGCCCAAUGGCUGGUAACGGCGGUGCGCCUAUGGUUGCUGCGGCUGCUGUGCGUCGUUCUAUGAGCCCCGAACCAGUCGAGACAGCCUCUACCACCCCCGCAAAGGCUCCUCGUGUCAGUCUGCGACCUGUAACCCAGUUCCUCCCCAACUGGAACGGCCUCGACAAUCAGAAGCGCACGAGCAAGGGCGCUGCCCUAGGUCUUGUUGUUCCCGCUGCUUCUGCCCCCUCAGCCGCCAAUGGUCCCCUAUCUCCCCGAACCCCUGGAGGUAGUGCCUGGGAACGUCCAUCUACAGCUCAAAGUAUCGAUCCCGCCAACCCCUUCGGCACACAGGCUGAACGUGUCCCAUCACCUAUUAACGAGGAGACUGCUUCUGUCCACAGGAUGACUCCUAGUCCUAUGUCCGAAAAGUCGACUAUCGCUGUCGCUGCCGCUGCCGCUUUCCCUGCUGCCACUGCUCCUGUUUCGCCCCAAUCACCUUCCAAUGAUCCUUUGACUGCCAACGGACCUGCUGUUGCUGCCGGAGAUGCAGGUUCCCUGGUUGCUCGUAAGACGUCGAUCCGUAGAGUUGGUCCUCAGGAGCUUGACUUGACCAUUCCCAACGCUCCAAUGUCAACCAUUCCUGCUAGCCCUGCCGGUACCGAAUAUAGCAACUCUCCAAUUACGCCUGGUACAUUUGAAGCCCCCUCAGCUGGUGCUGCUGCCAUUGCAGCCGCUGGAGGGCCUGCUAACUCGGCUGUUCAUCGUGUGCAGCUUGACUUCAAGCCUACCAUGGAUGAUGAAUUGGAGCUGAGGGCUGGUGAUCUCGUGCGACUCCUCCACGAAUAUGAUGAUGGCUGGGCACUCUGCAUUAGACUUGACCGUUCGCGACAAGGUGUUGUUCCCCGAACCUGCUUAUCGACCCGCCCUGUUAAGCCUCGCCCUGCCCAAGCUGGUCCUCGCCCUGCCCAAGCUGGUCCUCGCCCAGGCCCUCCCGGUAAGGCCGGUGGACCUCCUCGAGGACCAGGACCCAUGACUCCUAAUGGCAACCGUCCUCAGUCGCCUAUGGGACCUCCAAUGGGACCUCCUGGCCGUCCGCAGGGCCGUCCGAUGAGCCCUGGCCCACGUGGCCAGUCCCCUGGACCUUUUCAGGGACAACCUCAGGGUCGUUCAAUGAGCCCUGGUCCUCGAUCACAGUCUCCUGGUCCUCGAUCUCAAUCGCCUGCCGGUGACCGUUCGCAAAGUCCUAAUGGGACGAACCGACGGAACAACCCUCCUGGACCCAGCCCUAUGAAUCCUUCCCAAGAUCCUCGACCAGGACACGCAGCAUCGGGCUCCCUCAGCAGGAAGCCCGUGCCUGGCCAGGCGUAUUAA